CAAAUGAGAAAGAUACUUCAUUUUCUUCUCAAGGUCUCUGUUAUCGAAUUCCUCUGUAGUGUUUCUGCUUCGAGUGCACUUCAUCCACCUGCUUCACAGCCUUCUCUCUCCCCCGUUUACACAUCCAUGGCUUCCUUCUCUCCAGGAAUCCAGAUGGGUAGAGGCCAAGAACACAAGUUAGAUGCACACAAGAAACUUCUGAUCGCCCUCAUAAUCAGCUCCUCUUCUCUAGGACUUAUAAUUCUUUGUUGUUUAUGCUUUUGGAUUUAUCAUCUGUCUAAGAAAUCUCCCAAAACCACCAAGAACUCAGAGAGUGGGAUUUCAAUAUCCAAGAAGGGUUUUGUGCAGUCCUUCGAUUACAAGACACUAGAGAAAGCGACAGGCGGUUUCAAAGACAGCAAUCUUGUAGGACGAGGCGGAUUCGGAUUUGUAUACAAGGCCUCUUUAGACAAUCACACUCUAGCAGCGGUCAAAAAGAUUGAAAACGUUAGCCAGGAAGCAAAACGAGAGUUUCAGAACGAAGUUGAUUUGCUGAGCAAGAUUCACCAUCCCAACAUCAUCUCACUGUUGGGAUAUGGAAGCGAGAUCAGCUCAAGUUUUAUCGUCUACGAGCUGAUGGAAAACGGAUCUCUGGAUUCACAGUUACACGGACCUUCUCGAGGAUCGGCUUUAACAUGGCACAUGCGGAUGAAGAUUGCUCUUGAUACAGCAAGAGGUGUAGAGUAUCUCCACGAACGUUGUCGCCCUCCGGUUAUCCACAGAGAUAUUAAAUCGUCAAAUAUUCUCAUUGACUCUUCCUUCAACGCCAAGAUUUCGGAUUUCGGUCUUGCGGUAACGGUCGGGGUGCACGGGAAGAACAACAUUAAACUAUCCGGGACAGUUGGUUAUGUUGCUCCAGAAUAUCUCCUAGAUGGAAAAUUAACGGAUAAAAGUGAUGUGUAUGCAUUCGGGGUGGUUCUACUUGAACUCUUGCUAGGAAGACGGCCGGUUGAGAAACUGAGCUCGGUUCAAUGUCAAUCUCUUGUCACUUGGGCAAUGCCUCAGCUCACGGAUAGAUCGAAGCUUCCCAAAAUCGUGGAUCCGGUUAUCAAAGAUACAAUGGAUCAUAAGCAUUUAUACCAGGUAGCAGCUGUGGCAGUGCUUUGUGUACAGCCAGAACCGAGUUACCGACCGUUAAUAACCGAUGUUCUUCAUUCACUUGUUCCAUUAGUUCCGGUAGAGCUAGGAGGGACUCUACGGUCAUCAUCUUAA